AACCCCGUAACCGUACCCACCACUAAUUGCAGAGUUAAAAAAGAAAAAAAAAAAAAAGCCCUCUCUUUCCCCUUUCACACACCCACACAGAGAAAUUCAUUCUUUCUGUGUGAAAAUUCACUCACAUUAUCGUCCUCAUCAAGCUCUACUCUACUCUCUCAAUAGGGACAGGGUGUCACACUCCCAAUCAUGUGAAAGCCUAGCUACUUCACUUUAGACUUAGGGUUUUUUUUUUUUAAUUUUCUCUCAAUUAAUCUUAUCCCGAUUUGGAUGGGGAACUGCUGCAGAUCUCCGGCCGCCGUCGCAAGAGAAGACGUCAAAUCUUCCAACUUCUCCGGCCACGAUCAUGGCCGCAAGGACAAGUCCUCCUCCAACAUUAAGAAAGCAAUCACCGUUUUAACGGACGUUAAGAAGGAAAACAUUGAGGAGAAGUAUUUAAUUGAUAGAGAGCUCGGCCGUGGUGAAUUCGGAGUCACUUAUUUGUGCAUUGACCGAGAAACCAGGGACCAGCUUGCUUGCAAGUCCAUAUCCAAGCGGAAGCUGCGGACUGCUGUCGAUAUCGAGGAUGUGAGGAGGGAGGUUGCGAUAAUGAAGCACUUGCCCAAGAAUUCCAGCAUCGUCACUUUGAAGGAGGCGUGCGAGGAUGAGAAUGCAGUGCAUUUGGUGAUGGAACUUUGUGAGGGCGGGGAGCUGUUUGAUAGGAUCGUGGCACGCGGUCAUUACACAGAGCGAGCAGCUGCUGCGGUGAUGAAGACAAUUAUGGAGGUUGUGCAGCUUUGCCACAAGCACGGCGUGAUCCAUAGGGAUUUGAAGCCGGAGAAUUUUUUGUUUGCAAAUAAGAAAGAAAAUUCGCCUCUUAAAGCAAUUGAUUUUGGCUUGUCGAUCUUCUUUAAGCCAGGUGAGAAGUUUUCAGAAAUUGUGGGAAGCCCUUAUUAUAUGGCCCCAGAGGUGCUCAAGCGAAAUUAUGGGCCUGAAAUUGAUAUAUGGAGUGCUGGGGUGAUUCUCUAUAUUUUGUUGUGUGGAGUUCCUCCAUUCUGGGCAGAAUCUGAACAAGGUGUAGCCCAGGCCAUUAUACGUGGGAAAAUAGACUUCGAGCGUGAGCCGUGGCCAAGUGUAUCAGAGAGUGCCAAGAACCUUGUAAGACAGAUGCUGGAGCCAGAUCCAAAGCUUCGACUGACUGCGAAACAAGUUCUUGAACACUCUUGGCUUCAAAAUGCAAAGAAUGCUCGGAACGUUCCACUUGGGGAUGUUGUCAAGUCGCGAUUGAAGCAGUUCUCAUUGAUGAAUAGAUUCAAGAGGAAGGCUCUUAGGGUCAUUGCUGAUUUCUUGUCUAAUGAAGAAGUUGAGGGUAUCAAAGAGAUGUUUGGUAAGAUAGACACUGAUAAUGAUGGUGUUGUUUCAACUGAAGAACUAAAGGCUGGAAUGCAAAAAUUCAAUCCACAAAUGGCCGAGACUGAAGUGCAGAUGCUCAUUGAAGCUGUGGAUACAAAUGGUAAAGGAACGUUGGACUAUGACGAAUUCCUUGCCAUUUCACUCCAUUUACGGAGGAUGGCGAACGAUGAACAUCUCCACAAAGCUUUCUCCUAUUUUGACAAAGAUGGGAAUGGUUACAUUGAGCCUGAAGAGCUUCGACAAACCUUAAUGGAAGAUGGAGUUGAUGAUUGUACAGAUGUGGCUAAUGAUAUUUUCCAGGAGGUUGACACUGACAAGGAUGGAAAAAUUAGCUAUGAUGAAUUUGUAGCCAUGAUGAAAACUGGGACAGAUUGGAGAAAGGCUUCUCGACAUUAUUCGAGAGGGAGAUUCAAUAGUUUGAGCAUAAAGUUGAUGAAGGAUGAUUCUAUUAAGUUUGGUGAGUAAAUAUAAGCUAGUUAUUUUGUUUCUUUUUACCUGUAUGAAUUAGUUAAAUCGAUCAUUGUUUGUGGCAUGCCUUGUAUUAAUCGGUGUUCAGUUUGAUUGGUGGAUUAUUGAUGAGGCAAAGUAUAUCUGAUUAUUAGCCUUCUUCAUGGAGUUGAUUAGUAAAACGCAACCUUCCAGCCCGUUCGAGUCCAUAUUCUCUCAUCUCUAUCAGCUUUUGUUUCUACUGUUGUUUCCUAUUGACAAUUAUUAAAUGAGACAUUUGGCUUUUGUAGUGUAUAUUUGCUCAAAGGGACUUUCCCUUGAAUGCAUAUUCAAGUUUGUGCAGAUGAUUUUUGUUUAUUUA